CUCGUCCAGCGCAAGAAACCGCCAUGCCCAAGCUCCACCGUAUAAAAACUAGGGCUCCGUUCCUUCCUUCGUUCACCAACAGCAAGCAACCAAACAAAGCCUUGGGUUGAUUGAAGCAAAAGUCAGAGAGCCAGAAGCAAAGUCAGACAGCUUUCAAGAAACACAGUCGUUGGGGAAUCAUCGAGCAUGGACAAGGUGCUGGCCUUCUCGAUCCUGAGCGCGUCGCCGGCCGACAUCACCCCCGGCGCCGGAGCCGGCAGCACCUGGGCUCGGCUCUCCUGGCGGGGGAGGAAGCUGCAGAAGGACGACCAGGCUGGAGCUGGGCAACAGAGAAAACAGGGCGGUCUGCAGGGGGAAACAGAGCAUCAGCCGGGCAAGAGGAAAUCACAGUCGCCCUCGCCGCCGCGGCUGCGGUUCGCGCCAGAGUUCGACGGGAUUGACUGCUUCGAGACCAUCGUGUGCCAUUGAUCGGUGCAUCGCGAGCCACGGGUGUGACUAUUAAUUCUUUAUUGGUUUGAUCGCCAGAUGAUCGGUGUGUCCACUCCAUACGUUGUUGACUUGUGCUUAUAACUGAAGCCACAGGUUGUACAGAAUACAGAGUAAAUUGUAGAGACUUCAUAUGGGAGCUAUUUGUCCGUGAUUCUUUGGAUAAAGUUUUGCCGUCUGCAUAGCUAAGGAAGAAAUCACUGCCAGCGUAGUUAAGGUCAAACGUGGUAGGGAUGUUCAAACAAACAAAUCCAGAACUGUACACGUGUCAAUUGCAAGUCCCUCGCACAAUUAGCCGAUCGCCUUUUAUCCAAACUUGAAGUUGGUCAUGAACGACGUGUACAAGCAGGCUGUUCAUAUCUGCUGGUCCGACUGAUUGGUCACGAGUAUUUUUGUACAUCGCGUUGGCCAGCCAGACUAAGACUGCAACCGUGCAACGGACAAGGAGAAGCUGCUGAAGGAACUAGAUCUCCGGCUGAAACAAUUUUCCUAAUGUCUUCCAAUCCCAUGAUCUAUGCAUGCACCCUUUCGAAGGGAUACCCCUUGCCAUUCAAUACCCGUCUUUGUAUCGUAUUGUUCAACGACGUGAGGUGUUCGUUGCAACGGUAUUUCAAUCUAUCCCCUUAAUAUUUAGUUCAGAAGAGCGUUAGUGGGCAAUCGUUGGGAAGAAUGGCUCCGUCUAGUAAGUAGACUGACGGAGGUUUAGCUUUCUCAACAACCCGAUGAAUUACGCUGGAAGCUUACUAGGUCUGGAAUAUUUUCAGUUAAAACAAUGUAUGUUGAUGUUAUCAAU